AUGGAGCUAAGAGACGUCUUCACCAUCUUUCUGGAGCUCUGCUUGUUUUUCCUGCUCCUCUUCACUGCCUGGAAACAGAUCAACAAGAAGGCAACGCUGCCCCCUGGUCCCACACCUCUGCCCUUCCUGGGGAAUGUGUUACAACUCCAUGCUGGUAGCGUCGCUCAGUCUUUCACAAAGCUCAGGGAGAAAUACGGCCCAGUCUUUACAGUGUACAUGGGUUCCCGGCCAGUGGUGGUUUUAUGUGGACAUGAAGCAGUGAAGGAGGCCCUGGUAGACCAAGCAGAUGAGUUCAGUGGCCGUGGGAAAAUGGCUUCACUAGAGAGAAACUUCCAAAGUCAUGGUGUAGUUCUGGCGAAUGGAGAACGAUGGAGGAUUCUCCGCCACUUCUGUCUGACCAUCCUUCGGGACUUUGGGAUGGGAAGGCGGAGCAUUGAGAAGCAGAUCCAGGAGGAAAUCAGCUUUCUACUGGAGGAAUUUCACAAGACCAAUGGUGCCCCCAUCAAACCCACCAUCUUCCUGAACCGCAGUGUCUCUAACAUUAUCAGCUCCGUUCUCUUUGGAAGCCGCUUUGACUAUGAGGACAAGCAGUUCCUGAAGCUGCUACAGAUGGCCAACGAGAGAUUCAUUGAGUUGAACUCACCCUGGACACAGCUAUAUGACAUGUACUCCGGAAUCAUGCAGUAUUUGCCAGGAAGACACAAUCGCAUCUACUACUUGACAGAAGAGCUCAAGGACUUCAUUGCCUCCAGGGUCAAGAUCAGCGAGGAGUCCCUUGACCCACAGAACCCUCGGGACUUCAUUGACUGCUUCCUCAGCAAGAUGCACCAGGAGAAAAAUAAUCCUCACACGGAAUUCAACCUUAAGAACUUGGUCAUCACCACUCUCAACCUGUUCUUUGCUGGCACAGACUCAGUGAGCUACACCCUCUACCAUGGAUUCCUGCUGCUAAUGAAGCACCCUGAGGUGCAAGCCAAGAUCUGUGAAGAGAUUAACCAUGUGAUAGGACCCCACCGAGUCCCAAGUAUGGAUGAUCGAGUCAAGAUGCCCUACACAGAUGCCGUGAUCCAUGAGAUACAGAGAGUGAUUGCGCCCCUGGGAUAUCCCCACAGUGUCACUCAGGAUACUCAUUUCCGAGGCUACCUCCUGCCCAAGGGCACUGACGUGUUUCCCCUGCUUGGCUCAGUCCUCAAAGACCCCAAAUACUUCCGCUACCCAGAUGCCUUCUACCCCCAACACUUCCUGGAUGAGAAGGGCCGCUUCAAGAAGAAUGAAGCCUUUGUGCCCUUUUCUUCUGGAAAGCGUGUCUGCCUUGGCGAGGCCAUGGCCCGCAUGGAACUCUUCCUCUACUUGACCUCCAUCCUUCAGAAGUUCUCCCUACGCCCGCUGGUGCCACCUGCUGACAUCGAUCUCACCCCCAAGAUCUCAGGCUUUGGCAACAUCCCCCCAACCUAUGAGCUCUGCUUGGUGGCCCGCUGA